AAAACUAAGAAUAGAUAACACAUGUAGCAAGUAAUUCAUCUCCAUAGGUUAACAAUGGCGGACGGAGCAGCGUUGGCUAAUAUUGAUCCUGACCGAAUGGAGAAGGCGUUUCAACGCGUCAAGUCCGAGUUUAAGCAUCCAGGUGCUCGAUUAGUCCGGAUCACAGAGGAAUUUUACGAGGGUGCCUUGGAUAUUGCUCGGAAGAACUUCAUGUUAGAGGAGCCAGUUAACAAGGCGGUUGGCAUGCAGUGGACGGAUGAGCUUCGUGAGUUGUGGCUGUCCUCUUUACGGUUGCAUCUCUCGAUUGCAGCUGUAACUGAGGUGGACGGUGAUAUAAUGGCUUUCAGGACCACGAGAAUAACUAAGAAGACAGAUUUCGUCGACCCAGAAACUUUCCAGAACCAGGGUUUAAAGCGACUGUUCCUAAUCUUUAACCACUGCGACCAAAAGGCAGACUUUUUCAAUCGCUUUGGCGUCACAGAGGCGUUUCAUUUCUACGGUCUAGGGUGCGCAGACAAGUACCAACAACAAGGUCUGGCGUCAAAACUCUUCAAGGCCGCCAUUGAUAUGGUCCGCUACCUCGACAUUCCAGAUGUUUAUAUAACAGGGGAGGCUACCUCAAAUUACUCUAAGAAAAUUUACGAAAAUGCAGGUUUUGUGGCACUUUUUGAACAGCCCUUUGAGACGUUUAAGGUGGAUGGAGAAGUGGUGGUGCCUAACACGGGAAUUCACAAGUCAAUGAAAAAGUAUGGGCUCAAAGCCACGUAGAUACCACUUGUCGGCAUAGUGACCACAAUAAACUAGAUUGAAUUAGGCAAUAAAAUAAAAUAUACACAAUGAUUUAGCUUCGUAAUUACGUUUGUCCGGCUUGGUGACCACACUAUACAUGUACUGAGGCAAAAUAAAUUAGGCAAUAAAAUAAAAAUGUACAUUUA